GGCAAGCAACUGUCCUGAAGUAUUUGAGAAUGGGUAAAGGCUUCCGCUACUACUUCCAGCACCCCUGGUCUCGCCUCGUUGUGGCUUACCUGGUGAUCUUCUUUAACUUCUUAAUAUUUGCUGAGGAUCCAGUAUCUCACAGUCAGACAGAAGCCAAUGUUAUUGUUGUUGGCAACUGCUUUUCAUUUGUAACAAAUAAAUACCCUGGAGGAGGAGGCUGGAGGUUUCUGAAGGUGCUUCUAUGGCUACUUGCCAUUCUCACAGGACUGAUAGCUGGGAAAUUCCUGUUCCAUCAGCGUUUGUUUGGUCAGUUACUCCGGCUAAAGAUGUUUCGAGAGGAUCAUGGAUCUUGGAUGACAAUGUUCUUCAGCACCAUUCUCGUCCUUUUCAUUUUUUCUCACAUUUACAAUCUGUGCCUCCUUAUGGCAGGGAAUAUGAGGGCAUACAUCAUAACAGACUUUAUGGGCAUCAGGAACGAAAGUUUUAUGAAGGUUGCUGCAGUGGGGACUUGGAUGGGAGAUUUUGUCACAGCUUGGAUGGUCACUGAUAUGAUGCUUCAGGACAAGCCCUACCCUGACUGGGGGAAGUCUGCCAGAGCUUUCUGGAAGAAAGGGAAUAUUAGGAUCAUUUUAUUCUGGACUGUUCUAUUUACUUUGACCUCUGUAGUUGUGCUUGUCAUCACUACUGACUGGAUCAGUUGGGACAAGUUGAAUCGUGGAUUUCUGCCAAGUGAUGAGGUCUCAAGAGCCUUCCUGGCUUCUUUCAUCUUAGUGCUUGACCUUCUUAUUAUCAUGCAGGAUUGGGAGUUUCCACAUUUCAUGGGUGAUGUUGAUGUAAAUCUUCCUGGAUUGCCAUAUGCACAUCUGCAGUUCAAACUACCUUACUUCCAAAAUAUCUUCAAGGAAGAAUAUCACAUACAUAUAACAGGUAAAUGGUUUAACUAUGGAAUUAUCUUUCUGGUUUUAAUCCUGGAUCUAAAUAUGUGGAAGAAUCAAAUAUUUUACAAACCUCAUGAAUAUGGUCAAUAUAUUGGUCCCGGACAGAAGAUCUACACAGUGGAGGACUCAGAAAGCUUAAAGGACCUUAACAGAACCAAGUUAUCCUGGGAUUGGAGAUCAAAUAACACAAACCCUCUGACUAACAGGACUUAUGCUGAGGGAGACAUGUUCUUGCAUAGCAGAUAUACAGGGGCUAGCCUUGAUGUCAAAUGCCUGGCCUUUAUUCCAUGUUUGCUGGCUUUUGCUUUGUUUGGGUUCUUCAUCUGGUUCUUUGGGCGAUUUCAGAAAACUGAGCAAGGCAUGGAGAAUCUGGACAAAUCAUACACAAGAAUGAAAAGGAAGUCGCCAUCAGACAUGGGAAUGACACGAGAAAAUACACAGGUUUUAGUGGAGAAAACUUUAAGUUUUCAAGAUCCACAUUUAGUAUCCAUAAAAUCAGACUUAAGUGAAAUUGUCUUUAAUUCUUCCCUUCUAACUUCUGAAAACUUGAGCUUACAGUUGAGUGAACAAGACAGCCCAUUACAACCAAUGACAGAGGCUUCUGCCCCUAAGAGUGAUCCCAUGACCUAGAGCAAACUACCCAGAAAAGAAAGAUUUAAAUAACCAAUUAUUGUGAGAGUUCAGUUUUUGUAAGUUAAGGUUUACAUAGUGUUUAGCACAAGAAAUAUAACCCAUACCACAAAGGUGCUCAACAUGCUUUUUCUAGGAAUUUUGUUUUCUAUUUGUAUUAUAAUAUAUGUGCCUACUGUAUAGCUAACAUUCCUUUAUAGAUUGCUUCUCAGAAUUGCACAAACUAUUUAUUAAUACAUUGACGUUACUGUAUAAUAGUGCAUUAGAUGAAUAUUUGCAGGUAUAAAAUUCUAACCGUGGUGGUGCCUUGAAACAUUAAACUGAUUUUUAACUCAACACCAGAAGAUAUAGAGAACAAUUCUUCUAACCUAUUUUGCAAGGGUUUUUUUGCAUGCAAUUAUUU